CCGUCUUUAAUGCCCGUGCCCGUGCCCGUGCCCGUGCCCAGGCCCGUCACGACUCCUACUCCAUUCUCCAGAGAGAAAAAGUUAGGGUGGGGCGCAGUGGGCGGUGCUGGGUUUCGUGCCCUGCGCCUCAGGAUUGGCGGUAGGGUAGCAAUAGCCCCGUCCCUGAAUCCUCUUGACUUGUCCGGGAUAAGAGUUUCGCGGAGCCUCGUUCUCCGGAUCUCCAUCGGGACCAUCGGGAUGAAGUGGGGUGGGGCAGGGGGCUUCUGCGCAUGCACCAACGAGCAGGGGUCCCGAGGGUGCGACAGGGGACGGUGACGUCAGUGGUCGGCGCCGGCGCAGUGGGGAAGCGUUUCCUGUGGGCGUGUGGGCGGCGUCACAAGUUAGCGACGUUGCUGUGGUCUGGCUGCUGGCAUCUGAGGCGGAGGUUGCGGCGAUAGCAGCAGCAACAGCAACAGCAGCAACAGCAACAGCAGCAGCGGCGGCGCCUACGGCGGAGGCGGAGGCGGCGGCUGCAGCUGUGGGGGCAGUGGCAGAAGAGGCUCCGGCUUCGUGUCCGGCUCCGGCUGCAGGCGCCGGCUCUUGGCCUGUGUCGGCCUCCGCUGUUCCCACGCCAGCUUGGUAUGUACAGAUGGCUGGUUAGUGUUUUCCACUCCGUGUUCUGGAGGCCGCGUCGCGGCCCGGAGCCCGGAGCCGAGGCCGUACACAAGAGGCGGCUGUCGGACAGAGCGCCAGCCAAUGAUGAAAUACAAGCCAAAAGACCACGAUUAGAUUGCUUGAUUGACCAAUUCAAGAAGAGCAUCUGGGAUAUCACCAACUUCUUUGGUGCCCCGGCCCGCCAGCCCGCCAGGUGCCCGGAGGCCAAUGACAGCAAUGGCGAGCAGGCAGGGGAUUCAGCCGAAGAGGCACUUCCCAAACAUUCACCUAAUAAACUGACAAAUUCUGGAUCCGAGAAAAAUGUGUUUACAUCGGAUACGGAAACGCCAAAUGAAGAAAAUGAAGAUUCAAGUAAAGUGAGACAGGAUCCCCCAAGCCAGGAUAUGCCUUCCUUUAGUUUUCCUCGGAACCAGCAAGUUGGUAAGACAAGGAUAAGUGGUCGUCAUCAUGUCAAGGCUCCCCCAGACAACCCUCUCGCCAAGAAGCAGGUCGUUCCAGAAAAGAACCGUUUGGAGAAAUCCCCUGCAGUAACGGGCAGGGCUUUGAGGAGAUCACGCUGUACCGUGGAAGAGGGCGUUCAGAGAGAGGAGAGAGAGAAGUAUCAAAGGCUAUUACAACGACUUAAAGAAGGAUACCAUGGAAAUUGUCUUACUCCUGUCAAUGCAAACCAUCACAGUUCUCAACGAGGUCAUGUGGAAGCACUAAGGAAUGGCGGCUGGGGGGAAGAACAGCACCAUGGAAUGAGAGGUCAGCUUGUUCCAAGGCAAUACCGAGUUACUGAGAAAUGGGGACCUGUUCGUGUUAUGAGAAACGAGAAGAGGAAUUCUGGCCCCAUCCAUUUUUCUGAAAGGUAUUCUAAGGCGAAAAUUCCAGAGCCUGAAAAGACAAGUGGACGUAUAUUAGAAAAUGAAAGAGCUCCAGCUGAUCUCUCAGAGGAAGUAUCUGUCAGACUUCGCUUGGGUAAUGGACGUGCCCCCUCGCUUAGGCAGAGACACUCUGUGGUGGAGGUGAAGGAAGAAGAUCUCAGGCAGAGACGCUCCGUGGCCGAGGUGAAGGAAGAAGAACCUUGCCCAGACAAGGAAAAGGAAAAAACCCGAGAGAAGGAGGAGUGCCUUGAGGUGUGCCUCGAGGAGCCCCAUGGGGUGUUCCUCGAGGAGCCCCCGGCGGUGUGCCUCGAGGAGCCCCCCAUGGUGUGCCUCGAGGAGCCCCCCAUGGUGUGCCUCGAGGAGCUCCCGGCGGUGUGCCUCGAGGAGCGCCCCACGGUGUUCCUCGAGGAGCCCCCGGCGGUGUGCCUCGAGGAGCCCCCGGCGGUGUGCCUCGAGGAGCCCCCGGCGGUGUGCCUCGAGGAGCCCCAUGGGGUGUGCCUCGAGGAGCGCCCCACGGUGUUCCUCGAGGAGCCCCCGGCGGUGUGCCUCGAGGAGCCCCCGGCGGUGUGCCUCGAGGAGCCCCCGGCGGUGUGCCUCGAGGAGCCCCCGGCGGUGUGCCUCGAGGAGCCCCAUGGGGUGUGCCUCGAGGAGCCCCCGGCGGUGUGCCUCGAGGAGCCCCAUGGGGUGUGCCUCGAGGAGCCCCCGGCGGUGUGCUUCGAGGAGCCCCAUGGGGUGUGCCUCGAGGAGCCCCCGGCGGUGUGCCUCGAGGAGCCCCAUGGGGUGUGCCUCGAGGAGCCCCAUGGGGUGUGCCUCGAGGAGCCCCAUGGGGUGUGCCUCGAGGAGCCCCCGGCGGUGUGCCUCGAGGAGCCCCCGGCGGUGUGCCUCGAGGAGCCCCAUGGGGUGUGCCUCGAGGAGCCCCCGGCGGUGUGCUUCGAGGAGCCCCAUGGGGUGUGCCUCGAGGAGCCCCCGGCGGUGUGCCUCGAGGAGCCCCAUGGGGUGUGCCUCGAGGAGCCCCCGGCGGUGUGCCUCGAGGAGCCCCAUGGGGUGUGCCUCGAGGAGCCCCAGGCGGUGUACCUCGAGGAGCCCCAUGGGGUGUGCCUCGAGGAGCCCCAGGCGGUGUGCCUCGAGGAGCCCCAUGGGGUGUGCCUCGAGGAGCCCCCGGCGGUGUGCCUCGAGGAGCCCCCGGCAGUGUGCCUCGUGGAGCCCCCGGCGGUGUGCCUCGAGGAACGCCCCAUGGUGUGCCUUGAGCCUUCUAUGGUAUGCCUCGAGGAACCCUCCAUGGUGUGCCUUGAGGAGUCCUCCAUGGUGUGCCUUGAGGUGCUUCCUGAGGUGUGCCUGGAGGCUCGCCCUGAGGUGUGCCUGGAGGCGCUCCCUGAGGAGCGUCUCCAGGAGCUCCUUGAUGAAAUCUUUGAAGAGCGCCCUGAGGAGCGCCUCGAGGAACCCCCUGAGAUGCGCCUCGAGGAACCCCCUGAGAUGCACCUCGAGGAGCACCCUGAGAUGUGCCUCGAGGAGCCCCCUGAGGAGCCCCCCGAGGAGCCCCCCAAGCAGCCCCGGGAGCCCUCCGACCUCACCGAGGACAUGGAAAAAGAAAUUAAUCGUGCCCUAGGCUCUGGUCCCCAACAUGAGAUCCUAAGCAGUGCUUUCAAAUUAAGAAUCACCCGUGGGGAUAUACACACCUUGAAGAAUUAUCACUGGCUCAAUGAUGAGAUUAUUAAUUUUUACAUGAAUCUUCUGGUGGAGAGAAAUAAAAAACAAGGCUUGCCCAUCCUUCAUGCCUUUAGCACAUUCUUCUACCCUAAACUGAGUACUGGUGGUUACCAAGCAGUGAAGAGAUGGACCAAAGGAGUGGACCUCUUUGGUCAAGAGCUUAUUUUGGUGCCCAUUCAUCGGAGGGUACAUUGGAGUUUAGUGGUGAUAGACCUGAGAAAAAAGAAUAUCAAGUAUCUGGAUUCUAUGGGACAAAAAGGUCACCGAAUCUGUCAUCUGUUGCUCAAAUAUCUACAAGAGGAAAGCAGGACCAAAAGAAAUCGAGAUCUGGAUCCUGGGGAGUGGACUCUGAACAGCGCGAAACCCUAUGAGAUUCCUCAGCAAUUGAAUGGAAGUGAUUGUGGAAUGUUUACUUGUAAAUAUGCAGAUUAUCUCUCUCAGGACAAGCCGAUCACCUUUACACAGAAUCAGAUGCCUCACUUCCGGAAGAGAAUGGUGUGGGAGAUUCUCCAUCAGCAGUUGCUCUGAGAACGUCCCUCUUGUUCGCUCCAGCCGUUUGGGACGCUCCCCAGAUGGUUCCAUUUACCUCCCGCCUCAUGAGUUAGAAAGUCCCAGAAUCCUUUCUGCUGCUUUGCAGGUACCACGUUCCAAGGACUGCAUGGAGGCAUCUGGAGCCUCACCCUGGGGGUACAGAAGACCGAUCACCCACCCACCUAUAACUGCCCACUCCAGGCCUGUGCCCUCUUGCACAGUCUUUUUGGGCAACUCCUAUGAAAACAAACACUAAUUUAACAUGUGGUUAAAGGACAUUUUUUUCUUCAAGAAUGUAGGAAAUGCAGGGUUUACUCUGUGUGUAUGUGUAUGUGUAUGUGGGUAUAUAUAUGUGUGUGUAUAUAUAUAUAUAUAGAAAGUGUGUGUGCGUGUGUGUUCGUGUUCAAUAAUUGGGCAGAGGCCAUUCCUGCUCACUCAAAUGAAACUAUAGAUUCACUUAUGAAUAUUUAUUUCUGAAAGGACUAUUCAUUGAGCCACUACCCUCUAGCUGGGUCCUGGGGUUAGCCAUGGGAGAGGGUAGGGGUAGAGAUUUUAGCUUCAAGAACAAAGGCUGCUCCCUUCGAGCUGGAGGGAAUUCUCUUAGGAAGGACUGAAGAGAUAGACAGAUGUACUGCCGUGGGCCCAGGGGCAGGCAGGCCGGCCCAGCCGGCUGCUGGGCUGGCAGGUAGGUGCGUCGCUCCCUCUUGAUCCCUCUGUGAUUGCAGCUGCUCCCUUCCAUCCACCCCAUCCCAGAAUUCCUGCCUGCAUAGUCACUCGCUUUCAGGACACUGACUUGAUUGUCUUAUGGAGACCUUGUUUCCCUUUUAUGGAAAGAGACUUGGCUUAGCUCCUGUAACUGGAUUUGUAAUUACUGUGAACCCAAGAUAUUCAUUGCUCUCCUUCAGCUGAUUGGGGAAAAAUCCUCAAGUUAUAAGGGAAGGCAAGAAUGGUUUAUUUCAAGAGAGACUAUCCAAGGUAAAGCUAUUUUUCUCAAAGUUUCUUUUUUCUAUAUAAAACUAAAAUUAAGUUUUGUACUUAUUUGGAUCUUUUUUUUUUUCCUGAACUGAAAUCUGUGAAAGAGCCUAUUGCAAGGCUAAGGUUGUUGCUGAAUAAUCUAUUUUACAUAUGAAAGUUUGUAUUUAACUUGUUUUUUUAAAGUUAAAAGCAUCCAGAUGUUGCUUCUACUCUGAGGAUCUGAAGGAAUAUUUGUUGGUAUAAGGAAAGAUCCAAACCCAUUUUGCCGUAUCUAGUGCCUGGUGUCUGUCUUUCCCCCGUGUAAUAAAAGGUUACCUGGCUAUGAGCCUUGGUAAAUUUCUGUUGAAA